CGCCGCCGGCGCUUCCGGUUCCGGUAGCCGCUGGCCGUGUGCGUCGCAGGCACCAGCCAUGGCAGGCAGCCGGCUGGAGACCGUGGGGAGCGUUUUCUCGCGGACUCGGGACCUGCUUCGGGCCGGGGUGUUGAAGGAGAAGCCCCUCUGGUUUGACAUAUAUAACGCUUUUCCUCCGCUGAGAGAGCCGGUCUUCCAAAGGCCCCGCCUGAGAUACGGCAAAGCCAAAGCUGCCAUCCAGGACAUCUUGUACCCCGAGGAUCGGAUUAGAGCGAAAUUUUUUUCAGCCUAUGGAUCUGGUCAGAAAGCUUUUGAUCUGUUCAACCCAAACUUCAAAUCUACCUGUCAGCAGUUUGUGGAGAAGUACAGUGAGCUGCAGAAACUUGGAGAAACAGAUGAAGAGAAAUUAUUUGUGGAAACAGGAAAGGCUUUAUUGGCAGAAGGUGUCCUUUUAAGACGAGUAGGAGAAGCAAGGACUCAAAAGGAAGGCAGUCACGUUUCCUGGGAAUCUGAACCUUCGAAUGUGAAACCCCAAACAGCUCUGAGGGAAAACCAGCCUGUGCCAGGAGCCCUCCAGGACCAGCAUACGGAGGCGGCUGCGGGACGGUCGCAAGGUCCCUCUCCUCCCUGAAGAAUGCGUGUACCGUGUAUACUGACAUCCAAACUGUAUUCACUGGAUGAAUGUUGAACUGUUUUUAACAGUUGAACUGUGUAAAUGUUUCCUGGUCUCUAAGGCAUUAUGUUUGCCUUCUUUGAGUUCCUAUUUCUAGGUUGUCAUAAAACUCAGUUUCAUGGUUUGAAUGAACUUUUAUGUCGGGAUGGUAUUAAAUAAAGAAUUCCCUGGCUGCUUAUAAAGUAAAUUUACUUUAAAAUUGUAAAUAGCAUAAGGAAACCUUUAUAAGUAUUGUUUGAGUGGGACUUGUUCUGAGUAGGUUUGCUUGGAUUUUUGUGUUAAUGUGUGGAUUGGCUCUGUUUGAUCCUCUGGUGUCUUUCUCUUUUCUGGCCCCAUCAGGCUUCUACUUGUGGUUUGUUCCCUGGGCUAACUGUUUCUGUCUGCAGGUAAUCUUUACAUUUUGCUGUGGAACUAUCGAUCUUCAACUUGAGAGGCUAAGCUGACUUGUGCUUUGUGGUAAGAGUGAGAACCCAUCAUUGAUGAUAGACAGGUCAGAACUCUAACUUUAGUCUCAUAGAUUGAGGGUGCUGGAGACAGUUAGCAUCGGCCUAAACAUAGGAGGCUGCUCGGUAAAGACUUGAAUGAAUAAGUGAUUACAUCCAGCUAAAGACUGAAUUCGGAUGACUUCUCCAUAGAUAACUGGGUUGCCAAGAGUGGGCCAGCUAAUGUAGCUGCUGCUGCUGCCUGCUAGCGCCCACCAGCCUCCCCGGUGUUGAGAUGCACUUACAAGACCUUACCAACGGCUCUGCUUUCUUCGUUUUCAUAUCUUUUACCGAAUACACGGAAUAUUUCUCUGAGUUCUUAGCCUUAUUAUUUGUGGUCAGGCCAGUGGUUUUCAGCUACUAGUAAUAAACUGCUUCAGAAAUUGU